AAAACCAACGAAGCUUGUCGUCAAAAACAAUACCUAUUGAUGAGACUACGGGUACAAGGCACGAGAAUAACACUGAUAUUAGUCUGAAUAAUGGUAAAUCUCAUGUCUCUGACUCUAACUCGGCUUUGCAAAAUAUCCCAGUGCCUGCUAUAACAAUCAUGAAGGCCCUCACGACCAUAUCUCUUGCGUUAUCAAAAAAUAAUCCAGAAAAUUGGUUAGGAAAGCUGCCUCUCUUAGAGGGAAAGCACAAGGCAUCUUGUACUCUCAAGUCUGCUAAGCAAAAUAUUUCACAAACAUCUACCAUGAAGACAACAGAUGCUAAAAUGACGGCGAAUGCCAUCAAGACUCCAAUACAACCUAUGUCAAAAAAUACUAAGCAUAAAUGUCUCCCAGUAGAUUGGAUGGAGAGGUUGCUUCUCAUAGAAGGAAAACCUAAAUUGCAACCAGUUCAGCGGCCAAAUUAUAUCAGCUGCCCGGAAUCGUAUAAGAAAUGA